AUGUCAUUUGAAGACAUAAUUGGGUUGAAAUUGUCAUGCUCGUAAGUUCAAAUUCGUUGUAAUAAUGUGUUGAUUCAAGCGAUUUACCCGUUGUAUGCACUUCGGGGAGUCAAAUAAGAAUUUUCGCAAUGAUCGACGGAGAAAAUCAACGCUUCACACAGGUGAACCCAUCAGAUGACGUCGUUUUCUUUGAGUUUCUUUUCUUUUUCCUUUCGCUUUUUUGUGUUGGUUCCUUUGCUUUCCCUCCAUUUAUUGGGCCUUCCUAUCCCAAACACAAAUCAAAAUGUUUUCAGAUAGGACAAACCGAAUUACUCACCUCUAGAAAUCCCAGUUUCAAGGACAUUGUCCCCGUUGUUUUUGUUCUCGAGCAGAAUCAAGUUCUCAAAUUUUCGCUGUAAGUUGUUUUUUGAUUAGUCAUUCUUUCCCUCUUUAGGUUUUUGGGUGAGAAAGAAAUUGGAUCAGUGGAGACUGGGCUUAAAGAACUCGUUAUGAAUUCACCGCAGUUAUAUCUUCCGAUGAAUAGCACUGGGGAUCAAUGGGACCCUGAUGACAGUCCAUUACUGGGGAUUGAAGUAGAGGAAUCGGAACAAGCUUUAAAUGGGACGAAGAUUCAACUAAAGGCUUGUCAUCUACAAGCGGAUGAAGUUAUAAAUGCUGCACCUUACUUUACCCUCUCUAGGAUACACAGUUCCAUUGAAGAAUUUCCGGCAAGUGUCUUAACGUUGAAUGAAUCGCCUUUUUAGACGUUAUUAUACAGAAGUGAGGCAAUGAAUAACACAACCAACCCAAAAUGGACUGAAUUUGUGGUGCCGACUAAAGCCCUGACAAGUCUAACACCUUCCGUUCUGGAGAUUGCUGUGUAUCAUUUUAUAAACAACAAAUCCGAGGAUUAUUUGAUUGGAAAGUUUACCAUUACAUUUUUCCAACUUCUAAACGGAUCUCUUGGAAACAAAUUCAUGGCAGGUUUGUUUUUAGUACUAAUAGUAGUUUAGUUACAUUCCCAGAACGGAAAGAAGCGAGAAAAUGUAUAUGUGGAAGUAGUUAAAUUUGAAAGCGUUCCAAAAAUCACCACAUUUGUUGGAGCCAUCAGAGCGGGGUGAGUAUCUUUGGGGCUUCGGUAGUUCAGCCCCCCACGAAAGGUAGUUCAAACCCCCCAUUGUUUUGCCCGUUUCACACCCCACAUAAUGAACAAAUUAGAAUAAUACAAAAAAUGUAAGUGGGGGUUUGAUCUACUACGUUGGGGGUUUGAUCUAAAACGUAGGGGGCUUGACCUAAAACGUAGGGGGGUUUAUCUAAAACGGGGCUUGAUCUAAAACGUAGGUGGCUUGUGCUGGACCAUACAACUUGGAUUAAUUCUUUGAAAUAAAUUUUGGGGUUCAGAAUGGACGAGGGGGGUUGUACUGGGUCAUGGGGGGCUAAACUGGACUGGGGGGCUGUACUACCUUAGCCCCGUAUCUUUUAGAAUAUUAUUCAGUUUUAGUCUUAAACUUCACUUCACAGUCGCGAUUGAUUUUACUGCGAAUAACGGUGGUCAGAACGAGCCAGAUUCCCUCCAUUUCGUCCAUCCUCACUAUCAAAACUUCUACAGCCAGGCGCUUUAUGAGAUGUCCACUAAGAUUUGUCAGAUCGAUAAGUAUGUUAUAUUCAGUGGUAGUUAAUCAUUCAGGUUACAACGACUAUCCUUACUAGGAUUUGGAGCUAAAAUACCUCCUCGAUUCGAAUUCAGUCCUUUGUUUUCUUUGACCGGUGAUCUGAACAACUCCAUUGUGAGGGGAACUGACAAUAUCAUGAACGCCUAUCGACGGACUGUUAUGUCAGUUCAGCCGUAUGCACCGACAAAUUAUGUGGCCCCGAUUCAUCAUAUCAUCAAAAUGGCCAAAGUGGCGAAAAAAACAGGUACCAAACUGUAUUUUGUGGUUAUUAUUCUGACGAACGGAGCAAUCAAGAACUCGAAGGAGUCUAUGGAUAUGAUUGUCAGCUCUUCCCAUCUACCUAUUUCGAUCGUUUUUGUGGCUAUUGGAAAUGAGAAACACCCUAUCGGAGCCGGAGAUCACACUCGAAUAACCAGUUUCAUCGAUCCGACGGCCAAGUCUUCAGAAAAUGUCCCGUUAAAACGACAAAACGUAAUAUACCACGAGUUUAAAACAGGGAAACCGUUUGCUGGAAAAUGUUUGAAAGAAGUAAAUCUGCAAGGAACUCAAUGGCUCCAGUCCAACUAA